UUUUAUCUUUAUACAAAACUUCGUAGUUAAGAAUUGUACUACCAGAGAAAGAGAGAAAAGAAAGAUCAUCAGUUACUAGAAAACGAAACAUAUCAUAUCAACAGAAUUGAGAGUGGAAGUGAUGGCGAAAUUGAAGAUAGCAGGGACAUGGUCAGGUGUGUUAGAAGAAGUCGAUUUAGAGCGUAUGAUCAUAUCUUCACUACGUGAAGAAAUUGCUAAACGAUCUAAUUGCGAAAACCCUCACUUCAUCAACCUCAUAUGUGCUGGUAGAAUUCUCAAGGAAGAAAAUGGAACCCUAACGUUAUCACAAUUGGGUAUAAAAAACAACUCUAAGAUCCUCGCUACUCUCUCUUCUCCUCAACAAGGUCAUUCUCUUGUUGUUGAAGAACAAAGCUCUCAAAGGCUUGCACGUAUCAGGGCAGCUGCAACUGCAUUAGCUGUAAGGCAUGCAGAUGGUUCGUUACCUGUUGAAGACUUUAACAUAGAAGUAGAAGAUCAAAGUGGACAGAAAGUACGCUUAGGAUCAGAGAUUGAUCAGAGGGCAGUAAUGAUGGGACUGAUGCUUCAUGCAAAGGGGAAGCAUCUAAUCAAAGUGGGAAAUUACAAAGAUGCACUAGAAGUGCUUAGCAUGGGAGAGGAGGCAUUCUCUAUUUGUGAUCCAAAAGUCAUUGAGCUUAUUGAUAAUGUUCCAAUACUGCAAAUAGACAUGGUAUGGUGCUACUUUAUGCUACGAGACAUUAGAUGGCUAUCAGAUGCAGGAAAGCGCCUUGAAAUGGCUAGGGCAGGAAUUGAGCGUGCUCAUGGAAAGGAUUCUCUCCGUCUCAGACUCUUGCAAGGUGGUCGCUAUCCAGAACUUGCAUUGCAUUUGAGACUAGAGUUGCUUGAAGGGGUUGUGGCAUUUCAUACUGGCCAGUUGGAGAAAUCAAGACAAGCUUUAGCUUCUGCAAGAGCAAAGUUUGUUCAGCUGCAAGUGCCAGAUGAAGCCUUAUCAUUUGUUAUGAGCAUGGGCUACAAUCAACGUGAUACAAAGAGAGCAUUGCGAAUGAACAAUCAAGAUGUUGGGGGUGCCAUUGAUUUCCUUGUUGAGGAGAAGGCAAAGAAAAUGCAAAAAAUGGAGGAAGAUUUAAAAAGAAAAGAGGAAAUUAGGGAGCAAAAGCGGUAUGGCGUGACCCCUUUAAAGAAGGCCGUGGAUCUUGAGAGAUUGAAGGAAUUGGUCACUAUUGGGUUUGACAAGGAGCUUGCUGCUGAAGCCCUUAGAAGAAAUGAAAACGAUACUCAAAAGGCAUUGGACGAUUUGACGAAUCCAGAAAUUAAUUCUGAUUUACAGGUUAAGAUCGAGUCAAGGAAAAGGAAACGAAAGAAACAAGCAACAGAUUCUGCAAUUGAAAAAGUUGUGCAAAUGGGUUUUGAAAGAUCAAUAGUGGUUGCUGCUUUUGAGGCAGGCGGCACUUUAGAAGAAGUAUUGCAAAAGCUGACAGCACAACCUGAGACUGACCCUGCAUCAGCUGCGGAAAGGAAUUCAAUAGCUGCUUCCCAUGGCAGUGGAAGUUCAUCUAACCCUUUACCGGACGAUGUUGGUUCUGAUAUUCUAGACCUAAUGAAUGAGGUUGAAGAUAACAAAAAAGCAGAAGAAAGGGACGUGGAAAUGGAAGAUGAGCUAUCUGCAGAUAUAGCUAAAGGCGAUGCAUUGACUGAUUAUGACAUUGAAGUUACUAUAGAAGGGGAAGCCAUAACUGAGUACCUCUCUAUGGUUGAGUCAGCAGGCAGCUGUGAGAAAAUGGUUACUUCCAAUUAAGAAGAGCAUGAUUUGAUAGCAGUUUAUGUAAAUAGCAGGAUUAUAAAGACAAUGAAUGUGUUUCUGCUCUUUGCUGCAUGGAGCUUAUGUAAAUAGCUGGAUGAUCAGUACAUUGGUGCUCAAACCCUGGAGUUUUUAUAAUAAUUAGUCGAUUUAACAUUAAAUACUUAAUUUGUUUUUGAACUAGCUAAAGUGUUGAACGACAUAUCUGUUAUAGGAGUAAGUGGACUAUUUCUUGCUCUUUACAACUUGUGUGAAGUAAGAAUAAUGGAUAUAAAUAUCUCUUGGUAUCUUCCUUGGAGAUGAAUCUUAUCUUUAGUCCUAAUUUAUUAUAAUAAAUAAGUCCUGGUUCACUUCAA